GAAAUGACCUCCUGUUUCCAAUAUUGGAAUCAUCCCUUUCUUUACCUUUAAUCUUCCUCCCGCACUUGAAGGAAAAAAAUAAUCAUACAAUUUAUGAUGAAUAUUCUCUCUUUAACAAAUUAUUAUUUCUUUUCUUGACCCCUCCAAAUCCUCAUUUCUUUCAUGCUUUUCAUCGUCAUGUCACUCUCAAUCCCCAUCAUUUUGCCACCUUUUUCACUCAUUUGGUUCUAAUAUAUAUAUUCAUUCUAAUUUCCUUCUCCUUCAAUCUGUCCACUUGAAAAUAAGGCAUAAUUAUUAUUAUUAUUGCUGUUGCGGUUGAACUUUUUUUUAUUUGAGAUUGAGGUGUAGUUAUUAUUGUCGUUAUUGCUAAAUCUUGUAGUUGUUUGGGAUUGAAGCGCAAUUAUUGUUGUCAUUGUUGCUAAAUCGAUCUCUCUUGUUCUUGUGUUAUUUCAUUGAAUCCAAAAUUUGACAUUCAGGCGUAACUAUUGUUGUCGUUGCUGUCGUGGUUGAAUUUUUCUGUAUUUGGAAUUGAGUCGUAGUUGUUGUUGUCGUUGUUGCUAAAUCUUAUAGCUGUUUGGGAUUGAGGCGUAAUUGUUGUUGUCGGUGUUGUUGCUGAAUCUCUCUCAUUAUUGUGCUAUCUCUUCAUCUUCAUUUCUUUGCACUUUGUCCCCUAAUACAAUGGGGAAUUGUUGCUCUAGUGGGGAAGAACCUAAUGAAAUUACAAACAAUGAAAAUGGACAAACCAAUAACCCUAAAAAUGGAGAAAAUUCUUCAUCUACACAUAAUCUUGAUUCCACAACACCAACAAAAACAACCCCUCCUCCUCAAACAACAACAACAUCCCCUAGCCCUUCAUCAAAACCUUCAAAACCAUCACCAAUAGGGCCAGUUUUAGGCAGACCAAUGGAAGAUGUUAGAACAACAUACACUAUAGGAAAAGAACUUGGUAGGGGACAAUUUGGUGUAACACAUUUGUGUACACACAAACAAACAGGAGAACAAUUUGCAUGCAAAACAAUAGCAAAAAGAAAACUAGUGAACAAAGAAGACAUUGAAGAUGUUAGAAGAGAAGUACAAAUAAUGCACCAUUUGACAGGACAACCAAAUAUUGUGGAAUUAAAAGGAGCUUAUGAGGACAAACAUUCUGUGCAUUUGGUUAUGGAGUUGUGUGCUGGAGGUGAACUUUUCGAUCGAAUUAUCGCUAAGGGGCAUUACACAGAACGUGCAGCAGCUUCAUUGUUAAGAACAAUUGUGCAAAUUGUGCAUACUUGCCAUUCUAUGGGAGUUAUUCAUAGAGAUCUUAAGCCUGAGAAUUUUCUACUUCUUAAUAAGGAUGAGAAUGCACCUCUUAAAGCUACAGAUUUUGGCCUUUCAGUAUUCUACAAGCAAGGAGAUGUAUUUAAAGACAUUGUGGGUAGUGCAUAUUACAUUGCACCUGAAGUCUUGAAAAGAAGAUAUGGACCAGAAGUUGAUAUAUGGAGUAUUGGGGUUAUGUUAUACAUUCUUCUCUGUGGAGUUCCUCCUUUCUGGGCAGAAAAUGAAAAUGGAAUAUUCAAUGCAAUAUUGCGGGGACAUAUUGAUUUUUCAAGUGAUCCAUGGCCUUCAAUUUCCGGUGGAGCCAAAGACCUUGUCAGGAAGAUGUUGACAAUAGAUCCCAAGCAGAGAUUAACAGCUAUGCAAGUCCUCAAUCAUUCAUGGAUCAAGGAGGAUGGAGAAGCACCAGAUACACCACUGGACAAUGCUGUAUUACAUAGGCUCAAACAAUUCAGAGCUAUGAACAAGUUUAAGAAAGUUGCUCUUCGGGUUAUUGCAGGGUGCCUUUCAGAGGAAGAAAUUAUGGGAUUAAAGCAAAUGUUCAAAAACAUGGAUGCUGAUAACAGUGGAUCAAUUACAAUUGAGGAAUUAAAGCAAGGAUUAGCCAAACAAGGGACUAAACUAUCAGAUUAUGAGAUUAAACAGUUAAUGGAAGCUGUAAGUUCUACAAGUUCUUCUUUUUUUUUAAAUAAUCGUGGUGUCCAGUUCAGUUUGCGUGUACCUCGACUAAUUUCACGGAACAUCUGCUACCUCCCACCAACAGUUCUACAAACUUAAUUUUCAGUCAAUUUUUUCUCGUUCUAUCUCAUAGUAUCCAUUCACUCAAAACAACCGUUGUUCUUGUAUUUGGUUGCUUAAUUUUGAGUCUUCUCUUUUAAUCUCUGAUUGUUCGAAAAUUUUCACAAGCACAAACUCCGUUUUUUAUUCGGGGAAUAAUACUUUCACAAAAUAAACCAUCUUUUUUCUUUUUUCAGAAAAGAAAAAUAAGCCAUUUUUAAGAUCCAAUUUAAGCCGUCAUAAUUCAGAUUUUUUUCAAAUUCAGGGCUUAUUCAUUUUUUAUUUGAGAUAAAGGAAAGUUUUCUUAGUAUAGGAAUGAAUAGAGAUGAUACAUAUACCCAACAACCUCUAUUAUCUUCAAUAGUGAUUUUAUCAAAUGUGUUUUUUUCCAAACUUUUUGAAAUCCAAAACUGUCAUACAAUGACACAAUAUUUGAAGAAUCAACCCAAAUAGUCGUCCACUAAAGUGCUUAAAUUAAAAGUAGUCGACAAAUGUAUAAUUCAUAUAUAAUUUGUGUAUAAAUAUGAUAAUUAAUGUAUAAUUUAUAUAUACCGGCUAAAAAUAAUAAAUAAAAUCUGACUGGCUAUUUAUAAUAAACUUUUUGCUGAAGUGAUAAAAGGCAUAGUAGAUAAAAAGGCUAUUGAUAGCUUUAU